AUGCUCAGACUCUGCACGACAAAAGCACCGUUCCGAUGUCCCAGCGGCCAACUGUACCUGCAAAUUGACUGCAUCGCCAUGGGCUCGCCACUUGGCGUGUUCGCUGAGGCGUUCAUGGCAUCGGUGGAGGAGACGGCGCUGGCCGAUGAGGCAACACGUCCCAACCUCUACUGUCGCUACGUGGAUGACAUCCUCGUUGAAGUUGAUGAGCUGGUCAAUAUCGACACCCUGAAGCAGCGUCUUGAGCAGGAAUCAGGCCUCACAUUCACCAUCGAACACAGCAUCGGUGACUCCAUCAACUUCCUGGAUGUGACAAUUGAAGCUGACGACCAGCACUACUCCACUUCGGUGCAUCGCAAGCUCACUGAUGAGGGCAGGCGACUCUUCCAUCAAGAAGUCGAGCGAAUCAAACAAGUGCUUGUCAACAACGACUACGACCUCACGACCAUCGACCGACAAAUUCGAACCGCGAUCGACAAGCAUCUCAACCCGACAGAGACUACCGAGAAGAACACCAUCAACUUGUUCUACAAAAACCAGAUGACACCAGGCCACAAAAGUGAUGAGGCUGCGCUGAAGAAGAUCAUCAGCCGUAAUUGUAAGCCAGUAGAAGCCACAAGCCAGCUGAAGCUGAACAUCUACUACCAAAGUCUCACUGUAUCUUCUCUCAUCAUGAAGAACAAUCUUACCAAAGACGAAACGUGA